AUGUCCAACUCAGAUAGCGAUUUUGCUGACGACGAUGAAGAUGAUGAGAUUUUGCAGGGAUACUUGACAGGUAAAACUCAAUUCCCCGUUCAAACGCCAAAUCAAACAACAACCACGCUAACUGCUACUACAGCAGAAGUACCCGAAGUACCACCCUUAACGUCACAGAUUAUAGAGAAACAAGGGGCACUAGAUCCGGAAGUGCAAGCAAAGCUAUUUCAAGCAGAUGGCGAAAUUGCCAUUUUGAAAGCCCAGCUCUUGCAUUUGCAGAAUGUCAAACGCGACGAGUUGUUGGAUUUGCAGCAAUCAUACGACGCCCUCAAGAGGAGCAAAAAUGCCGAAACUGAAGCUCUACGUGAUGCCCUACUCAAGUUGGAAGACGAUCGCCAGUUUCUUAAGAAUGAGCUCAUCACGUCAAGCUCUUUAAAGAGACGAAAGUUGGAUGUUCACGCCGAUCAAGAACGCGCACCAUCAGAGUCGACCCCCAUGGUUGAGCCAGUGGAAAUUGUGCGGGAAAAGAUUGUCCAUAAAUUCAUCAAAGAUAAAAGCGAUGCCUCUGCCCUAAUCGACUUUUGGAGAAACAAUUUCAUCAAUGGCGCUAAACGCUCGUCAUUUGAGUACUUGAGCAAGGCGUGUUUUGAUUUUGAUUUAAUAACAUCGCAAGGAUUUCAAGUGCAGAAGAAGCAACCAAUAUCCUCUGCCAUCUUGGAAUACAUGUUCACUAUGAGAAACUUGCGAUUGGACGAAAUCAUUGAGAAGCUCUUGAAGGUGGUGAUGGAAGUUAUCGACAAGUCUCUUGCAAGCAAGUUGAUACUCUCGGUUCCGUUCCUAGUCUCGUCGAUUCAUUGCAUUGUCAAUUUCAAACCAGCAGCCGUGACUCAAAAUGCAAUCAAGACGAGCGUGGCUUGGCUUGCGAGAUUGGCAAUCCAGUAUCUGCAGUUGCUUGAUACGGAUUUCGAAGAAGAGCCCGAGAUUGGCCAAUACAACGAGAAGCUUGUGCAAGUGGUUUGUCUAGAAAAGUUUGUUUUAAUCGAAUUGGUGGAGACCACAGAGACCUUGGUGACAUUGGCUUCGCAGUUUGAAAAAAAUUCUUUAAUGGUUGAAAUCUGGAAUGAACAGAUCCUUUCGAGUGUGUUUGUCUCCAUUUUCAUGCCUCAAAACACCGAACGGUUCAAAUCUCAUGCGCAAAUCAACAUCCUCUACAGUGUUGUUGAAACGCUAGGUGCUUCAAUUAGCCACGACACCUUUGCGUUCAACAACGACCAGUCGGAUUCAGAUAUCAUCUCGUCCUUGAUGAAAGUUCUCACCGUUGAUGUGCCGAUGAAAGAUGGAUUCCGAUACCAUGGCUUGAACAGGAUGAUUGGUAACAACACUGAUAUGGAAUUGGUAGAUUUAGCGGUGCCGAGGGAGCAAGAUCGACUAGGGAACUAUAUUGUCGCGAUUCCGCAACCAAUACGGCGAGACCGCUCUCAGCCGAGACCUUCAUCUCAUGAGAUUGCCGAAAAACAUGCCAUGCACUUGCUCAGUCUUCGCAUUAGGGUAACUGAUUUGUUUUUGUCGCUCAUCACUCAGAGACAGUCGGGGGAGUUUUUACACGACAAAGAUCACUUUAAAUCCAUCUUGAGGGUCAUUGGACUCGAGCAAAAAUAUAUCAACGAGUCCCCCGGGUCCCUGCUAAUUGGACAUCGCGUACUGCUAAUUCUGAAGCUCGUCAAGAUUGUCAACUAUUUGACGCAAGAUCUCCGUGAUGCCAACGAUCUAAUCUACACGGAAACCAUGUAUGAGUUGUAUGUUGUUCUACUGAGGAUUGCCUUUGGGGCCGACUCUCUUUCCGCCGAUAUCUUUAAGCUUUUGACCAAAAUCCGCAAUGCAGGAUUCGGCGACAAGAUGCUCAUGUUUAAUGAUGAUCACGGGUAUGGGUACGAGAAAAGAGAACGACUAGUGAACCACGUCGUUGACUCGAGGGGCUUUCUGGGCAAAGUCCUCGCGAGCGCAGAGAGUGAUUUCACCAACGGCUUAGAGUUUCCAUACGAAGCAGAGACAGUCGAGCUUGCGAGAGAUGUGCUCAACCGAUUCGUCAAUCAUGAAGAAGCCGAUAACUUGUACUUUAACAUGAACCCGGAAUCCGAUGACGCUCUCGCCAGUGAUGCUGAAAUGAACAUGUAG